AUGGAGCGCAGGGACCCCCCGCUGCUGCUGGUGCUUCUCAGUGCCGCUUUCACAGGUAACAACCCCGCGUGGCACCACAACGACACGACACGACAGCAGCAUCAGCAUCGCAGGGGGACCAGCCAAAGGGUUUGUGCCUCAGUCACAGCAACAUCUUCUAUUUGUCGUCCUUCUCCUCCAGUCUCCCUCCAAGGGACACAGCAGAGGAGACUCUACAAGGACCUCAUGACUGACUACAAUCCCUUGGAGAGACCUGUUUUCAACGACUCUGACUCCCUCACCGUGCACUUCACCUUCAGCCUCAUGCAGAUCAUGGAUGUGGAUGAGAAGAACCAGGUUCUGACCAGCAACAUAUGGUUACAGCUGUACUGGACCGAUUAUUACCUGCAGUGGAAUACCACAGCGUACCCCGGAGUGACCAACGUGCGGUUCCCUGACAGUCAGAUCUGGAAGCCCGACAUCCUGCUGUACAACAGCGCAGACGAGAGGUUUGAUGCCACCUUCCACACCAACAUCCUGGUCAACUCCUCUGGGCACUGCCAGUACCUGCCUCCAGGUAUCUUUAAGAGCACCUGCUACAUUGAUGUACGCUGGUUCCCCUUUGACGUUCAGAAGUGCGACCUCAAGUUCGGCUCCUGGUCGUACGGGGGCUGGUCUCUGGACCUGCAGAUGAUGGAGGCUGACACGACGGGGUACAUCGCUAACGGGGAGUGGGACCUCGUAGAGGUCCCCGGUCGCAGGAGCGAGAGGUUCUACGACUGCUGCAAGGAGCCGUACCCGGACGUGACGUUCACAGUGGUGAUGCGGCGGCGCACCCUCUACUACGGCCUUAACCUUCUCGUCCCCUGUGUGCUCAUCUCCACACUGGCCCUGCUCGUCUUCCUACUGCCUGCUGACUCCGGGGAGAAGAUCUCCUUGGGGAUCACGGUGCUGCUCUCACUCACAGUCUUCAUGCUCCUGGUGGCCGAGAUCAUGCCGGCAACCUCCGACUCCGUACCGCUGAUAGCCCAGUACUUUGCCACCACCAUGGUCAUCGUGGGCCUGUCUGUGAUUGCCACCGUGCUCGUGCUGCAGUACCACCACCACGACCCUGACGGAGGCAAAAUGCCAAAAUGGACGCGAGUGGUACUGCUCAACUGGUGUGCCUGGUUCCUGCGGAUGCGGAGGCCCGGCGAGGAGAGGGUGCGGCUGGCGUGCCACAACACCCGCCCUCGGGGCAGCAUUUCCAGCACGGAGCAUGGCGCUAACGCUAAUAUGGCCACACCGGCGCCACCCAACAGCAGCGUAUUCUACAUGGGCUUCCGCGGCAUGGAUGGCAUGCACUACAGCGCCGCAUCUGACUCGGGUGUCAUCUGCACCCGGCUGCUUACACCAGGGGAGGAGGAGGGGCUUCUGCCCGGGGGAGUGGCGGCCGGGCCGAUGGGCGGAGCUGCCGGAGACCUCGACCUGGCCAGCAUCCUGGAAGAAGUACGGUACAUCGCCAAGCGUUUCCGCGAACACGACAAGAACGAGUCUGUGUGCAGCGAGUGGAAGUUUGCUGCCGCCGUCAUCGACCGCCUCUGUCUUGUGGCCUUCUCGCUCUUCACCAUCCUCUGCACCUUCGGCAUCCUCAUGUCCGCACCCAACUUCGUGGAAGCUAUCUCCAAGGACUUCUUCAGUGAGUCACCCCCCCGUGGGCAUCGCCCAUGACGAUGAUGACUCGGCUAAUUCGUUCAUCCUUACUCUGUGUGAUCCCUCGUCUCGUUCCGUGUUCCGUCCACGCAGCAGUUUUGCGAAAUCAUGACAAUAAACGUAUUUUUCUA